AUGGACAUUGGACUGCGCCCAGACUACCACAUUGGACCUCCCUUGGAUUUGUCGCCUCAGCCUUUCCCUGUGCUCCGGAUCACCACCGUCACUGCCCCCUGUCUGUCGACCCGACCUGACCUUGCUGUCUCUUCCCUGUUGUGCUUCCCCAGACACUUCCGGAUUAUACCGUCAUGGAAUCUUUACAACAAAAUUCACAUAGGGUCUAAACACCAUCCUCCAUGGGAGACCAACCCUUCCUUGACAAUCCGUCUCUAUCCCAAAGCAGUAUACACAAGGUUCAUUUUUAAACUGCUAGAAACGAUGAACUCUUCUGAUGUAACAGUAUUUACUCUUCAUGGAUUAAAUGAUACAAGAACAAAUAAAUCCAUUUUUUUCACCUUUACUGUUCUUUUUUACCUGUUCAUUAUAUUUUUUAAUCUGAUUCUAAUUGCUGCAGUCCUUCUGGAGAAAUCCCUCCAUGAGCCCAUGUAUAUCUUCAUUUGUAAUUUGUGUAUUAACGCACUAUAUGGAUCUGCUGGACUGUAUCCUAAACUCCUAAAUGACUUUCUUUCUGACACUCAUGUAAUCUCCUAUACUGCUUGUAUCACUCAAUUAUUUGUGAUCUACUCUUUUGUGUUCUGUGAAUUUACUAUCUUAACAAUGAUGGCCUUUGACAGAUACAUUGCAAUAUGUAGACCACUAGAAUACCAUGCUGUCAUGACUCCUUUAACUGUUGUCAAAUUUCUAAUGUUUUCCUGGCUUUUCCCCCUCUUUGAAAUGAUGAUUGCAGUUUUGUUAACUCUUAGACUACCUUUAUGUGGGUCUCACAUUGACAAGUUCUACUGUGAAAACUGGUCAGUUGUCAAACUGUCUUGUGUAGACACAACUCUUAAUAAUCUGUAUGGAUAUAUUUUAAUUCUUAAAUAUACUGUACAAUCCCUUUUUGUUAUAUUUUCCUAUAUCUUGAUUAUAAGAACAUGUUUAAUGUCUAAUGAAAGCAGAAAAAAGUUUAUGCAGACCUGCCUUCCUCAUUUGAUCACAUUAAUCAGCUUUCUUGUCACUAUGCUCUUUGAUGUGAUGUACACUCGUUAUGGAUCCAGGAACACACCACAGAUUCUUCGUAAUAUCAUGGCAGUGGAGUUUCUAGUCAUCCCUCCUCUUCUGAAUCCCCUAAUUUAUGGCUUAAAUCUCACUCAGAUCCGCAGAACAGUUUUCAAAUUGUGUAAUAGAAAAAUAAAAGCUCUUAAUUGA